CACAGACAUACUUAGGAAAUUAAGGAUAGGAAAGUCCGUUAGGGGAAGUUAUGGCAGGUGGAAGAAGGUUCCUAUGUUUGUUCAUGCUCUGCUCAGUCUCGCUGUUUUCUGGGGCAUAUGCUCAUCAAGCUGAUGGAGAUGAUGGAAGCAAACCAGAUGCGGCAUCCGCCGAACAGCCUGGCACAGAGUACAGGCUGCGAGGAAGAAAACUGGCAUCCCCGACCAUAGACGAUAAAAUGAACCUUAAAAGUGGAAAUCAUGGAGUAAGAACUGUAACCUCGUCGAAUAUGGAUGUAAGUGUGAAUGUUCGAGUGUUCAAGAGGUGUGAAGAAGAAAGUCGAGGUCGGGAAGGGGAAGCAAGAAGCGUGGAAUGCAAGCAAAGCUUUGACGGUCGAUUCUCGCAUGAAGAGGUUGACGGGGCUACGUUUGUGGCCUUCAAUGCCGACUACAAUGCCCCAAGGCAUCACCCACCAAAGAAUAACUGAUUAAUUUUAAAAUUAUAUAUAGAACUAAUUAAGGAUAUAUAAAUAAGAGAUGCUUUUAAUUAAUAUUAUAUGGGGAUCGAUCUUUUUGGUUUACCAAGAGAGAUUUUUGUUUAGUUGGAAAGAAUAUGGUCUUCAUUUUGUACUGAGCUAGAAGACCGUGCAAUAUGUGAUGUCUCGUUAGUCCAUGUUUGCUUUGUCUUUUUCCCUCUGUCUUUCCAAUUUCCAUGGCAUACUUCUGCACAUUAAUUAUUAAGUGCAGUAAUAUAUGUAAUUUACAUAAAAUGAA